UUUGACAUAUUGAAGUUUCAAGAAAAAACUUUUGAAUUUUACUAAAUCAUCUUCAUAGUAAAUUUUCUUAAUUUAGUUUAAUUUAAUGUAAAUAUUUGUUUUGAAACAUUUAAUUGUGUAAGAUAAUAUCCAUAAAUUUAUUACAAUGUCUUCAAUGCCUGUAAUUACUAUAAAGUGUGACUGGAAUGAUGUGAUUCGGUUGCCUAAAGGGGAGGCAUGGAUAUCAUCAAAAUCUUUGAAUGAAAGCAGCAUCCAUGAUAAAUUAACUACUACAGUGAACAAGCCUGAUGGUAAAAUGAAAAUAAGUUUCUCUGACAAUUAUCAGUAUAUAUCACAUAGUAAUUUAAGCUUAGUUGUCAAGCACUUGCCUUCUGGAUUAAAGGUGGCAUUUGUUGCACCCACAAAGACUCACAAAGUGCAUGAUAAAGCUGUUUUGUCUGUGGCUGUAGCUGAAAAUUCCAAAGCAGUGUCAUCUUGUGAAGGAGACAAGCUUUUGGUGUGGGAUAGUAGAACCGGUGAUGUUUUCUUAGACUUAAAAGGCCAUGGUGGACCAGUGUACAAAUGUAGGUUCUUCCCAUCUGGCAUUGUUGUGUUAUCUGCUGGUGCUGAUGGUUCCAGUAGGAUCUGGUCAGCUGAAUCCGGCAUAAACCCUGUGACUUUGAAAGGUCACACAAUGGCUGUUACAGAUAUUAGUAUUAUUGAAAAAGGAAGGAACAUCAUUUCAGUUAGCAAAGAUGGGUCAGCAAAGUUGUGGGAUGUUGGUGAAUCAAAUUGUUUAGACAAUGUAAUAGAAGAGCAUGGUCAAAUUAACUGCUGUUCUAUAGGAACAAUCACAGAUGAAGUUGCAGUUGAAAAUGAAAGAGAGGUGGGCACAGGAAAUAAAUUGCUGGUCGCUGGUUGUGAGAGCGGCCUUGUUGUUUGUGCAAAUGUGGCCAAAAGACAAGAGCUGUAUUGCAAGCAGUUAGAAUCAGCAUGCAAUACAUGUGUAGUUAUAGAUAAAAAUAUCAUUAUAGGCUGCAGUAAUGGAAAGGUCAUACAGCUAAAUCUAGAAGAUGGCGCAAUAAUCCACGAGUGGCAUGAAUCUGCAAAUCCUGUUCUUAGCCUGGUGUCAUUGACUAACCAAUUAUUUGUUGUUGGUAGGCAAGAUGGUACCUGCACAGUUUUGUCCCUACAGCAUGCAUUGCACAAUGCUAUAAGAGUUCAACUUACGGGCUCAGAUUACGAUGGCAUUAGAGACUUAUCGUUCAAUGGCAAAUGGAUAUUUGCAGCAUGUAGAGAUUAUAAUGUACGGAAAUAUGAUUUUAAUCAAGUUUCUGUACAUUAUAAAUGAUCUAAUAUGAUAUUUUUUCUACUUUAAGUGCAUAAAUCUGUAUUACUAACGUGUUGUAAUAUAUGUGUGAUAAUAUUAAAAAUAUUAAAUGAAAUUUCUUAUUAAAUAUAAUAUAGUCGUCCAAAGUUGUA